CCGGCCCCUCUCUCCUCCCACCGCCCGGGGGGCACCGUAUAUAUCCAUCCCUCCUUGCCUGCCUCGGGCAUUUCGGGGGUUCCCCCCGCCUGCCCCCCUUUGCCCGCCCGGGGAUGGAGCAAAGAGGGAAGAGAACACGGGACGCUCUUCUCGGGGCCCGGCUGGUCCCCCCCGUGCUUUUGCUGCCGCUGCUGCAGCUGGUGGGGGGGGCUCCCCUGGGCCAGAGGCUGUACCCCAUGCCGGCCAGCAUCCUGCAAGCACCAGCUGUGCCCCCUGCCAUGCCCCCCAGCUGCCAGGCCCUGCUGUAUGCCCAGGCACUGCCCGAGCUGUCCCAGCGCAAUCAGGCACUGAGCCAAGCCUGUGCCCCCUACCAGCGCCUGUGCCCGCCUGAGGGGGCCCUGCACACCUGCGCCCCACUCAGCGCCCAGCUCUGCCGCCACCGCCUCCAGGAGUGCCAGACGGUGGCCGCAGCCCCGAGUCCUGACGCAGCAGCGGAGGCGGCAAUGCCAGGGAGCUGUGGGCGCCGCGGGAUCACACAAGCCAACGCCACAGCCCCCCGAGGACGGAUCAUGGGCGGCAGCGUGGCCCCGCGGGGCGCCUGGCCCUGGCUGGUGUCGGUGCGGCUGCACGGGGAGCUGAUGUGCGGAGGGGUGCUGGUGGGGCUCUCCUGGGUCCUCACGGCGGCACACUGCUUUGGCGGGAACCGGAACGAGCUGGCCUGGACAGUGGUGGUGGGCGACUACGAGCUGGGCAAGCCGGGAGCGGGCAAGCGGGCAGUGCCCGUCCGGCGCAUCCUGCCUCACCCUAAGUUUAAUCCAAAGACGUUUCACGGGGACUUGGCGCUGCUGGAGCUGGCAGUGCCGCUGGCCCCAUCAUCCACCGUCAGCCCCGUGUGCCUUCCCAGCGGCCCCGCGGAGCCCAGCCCCGGCACCCCCUGCUACAUCGCGGGCUGGGGUUCCCUCUACGAAGAGGGACCAGCAGCCGACGUGGUGAUGGAGGCGCAGGUGCCCCUGCUCAGCCAGGAAACGUGCCGGGGUGCCCUGGGGAAGGACCUUCUCACCAGUGCCAUGUUCUGUGCUGGGUAUUUGUCUGGAGGCAUCGACUCCUGCCAGGGCGACUCAGGGGGCCCGCUGGCUUGCGAGGACCCCACUUCGCACCACUUUGUCCUCUACGGUAUCACCUCGUGGGGUGAUGGCUGCGGUGAGCGGGGCAAGCCAGGAGUCUACACCCGUGUCACUGCCUUCACGGACUGGCUGAGUCUCCAGAUGGACUCUGCCCCUGGCAGCCGAGAACCGAGCUGCUUCGACCUGCUAGCCUUGGCACAGCUGCCCCCCGAGCAGCAGUCCCCAGAGCGCGCCCGUCUCUGCGCCUUCUACGCCGGGUCCUGUCGGGCGCCUCAGGGCCGGGCCACCUGUGCCCGCCUGGCCGAGGAGACCUGCCAUGCCAGAACGAGACGAUGUGAGCUGCACUCCUAUGCCCAGACCUUGGUGGAUCUCCUGCGCCGGGCUGGGGACUUCAUCCGAAAUCAGUUGGAUUUCUCCUUCUUCACCCGCACUCUGCCUCAGCUCCUGGGCAAGAUCUACGGGCACUUCUUCCCUCCCCGUGUCCGCAGGGAUGCCCCAGGCCUGGCUGUGGCACAGGGCCAAUCCAGCCCCACAGCAGUGGGACCCCAGAGACCCCCCAGCAGGUGGGGGGACAGGCGGACGCCUCCCUUUGCAGAGCUUUUUGGGGUAGUGGGACCCCAGUUGCAGGACUGGGUGGAGGCUCUGAGGACCAUGGCAGGGGGCAGCCAUCUGGUGACAACACAGAACAGGGAGCAGCUCCCAGGGGAGAUGCAGCUCUUCCUGCAGGGUGAGGAUGUGGUGGAGGAGAUGGUGGCACAGGGACGAGCCUUCCUCACCCAGCUGCGGGCAGAGUUGGACCUUGGCACCACCCCAAAAGCCAUGGAGCCACAACAGGCAUCUGGAGAGCUGGCAGGGACCCCCGUGCCAAGCCAUGAACCCCGGUCUGCACUGAGGGAGAAACGUGAACUGGUGCCCACGGAGCUGCCCAGAGUGGUGGAGGAAGAGGAGGAGGAGGCAGGUGUGGGCAGAGGGGCUGCAGCCUGUCCUGGCCUCAAUGAGUCGGCAGUGCGGGUGGGCGCGGUGCGGGACCUGUAUGCCUGGGUGCUGCGGGUGCCCGAGGCAGACCUGGCCAUGACCUUCCAAGAGAUCCUGGUGGACUUGGGCUCCAAAAACACCCAGGGACUGUACCGGGCACAGGUUCGGGCCACUGUAGGGGGCCGCCCCACAGCCUUCACUGGUCUCGUGGGGCUGGAGAGUGACUCACUGGCCCGUAGCAUGCCUGGCCUUGUCGCUCUGGCCCUAGAAGUGCUGAAAACCUAAUGGUGCCCCUGGGGCAGUGUGCCAGCAUGGGGAGAGGGCACCAGGGCACGUGUCUCUCUUGUCCUUCAAACUCACUCCACUCCCCGUCUCAGGCUCUUCCACCCUUUUAUCUCCAAUUGUACCUCAGUCUCUCUUCCUACCAGCACUUCCUUCCCCAGGGCAAUACGGCCCUGGUGGGUACCUGAAGUACCUCAGCCAGGAAUCACAGUCCUCCUCUCCCCUGGGACCCCCACCUUGGCAAGACCACUCCCACCCCAUCUUCCCCAGAGGCACCUGAGCUGUUAUUUAUUUGUACAGAGAAGGUUUAUUUUUCAAUAAAGAAGGGUUCUAUUUUCCAGUAGCUGGCGAAUGUGAAGUGAGUGCUGUGUCACCCAGUGCUGGCUAAGUGGGUGACAAUGGAGGCACUUUCCAGGGGAGCUAUGACAUCCCAUUGCAUCCCCCUUCCCAUCCCCCUGUACUCUGAAUUGAUGUCUCCAGCCUUGGUUCCUGCUGUGUCCACCUUGGCACAGAGUCCCCUUCCCCCUCCCUAGGGGUCAGACACCCCUCCUGCCCAUGCAGCACCCACAGCCCAGCACUGGUGCUCACCCCAGUGACACUCUCAGCACCCCACAUGAAACCUCCCGAUGCAGGGGCUGAGUGUGCACAGGGUCUGUGAUCAGUGGUGGGUGCCAGCCCUGUGCUUGGGCACCAGUGGGUACCUUGGGGACCCUGCUGUGGGGACCCUGCCUC